AUGGUCGGCAAUUACAAGAUGUUUAAUUUUCACACGAAACGGGAAGCUAUUAUGGUUCUGAUAAACAAUAUGCGCAAGAGACCGUUCUCGGCCGAGGAUCAAGCGGAGAAGAAUAUUAUGACGAAAUACCGAAAGAUGAUCGAAAACAAGUCGACGGCAUACAUAGUCGUAAUUGAGAUCUACUUAAUCGUAAUGUGGACCACCUCGCUCUGCAGAGAUCCUAAAGAGAGAAGACUACCGAUCCGUGGAUGGAUUCCGUACGACUACUCUACUCCGAUUUUGUACGGCGUUACUUACUGUUAUCAAGUAUUGAGUACAGUGUCUGCCACGUUUAUGCACGUCGCCAACGAUAUAUUGUUCAGCAACUUGAUGCUGUUGAUACACUGCCAGUUGGAAAUCCUCGAGUAUCGUCUGCGACAGAUCAACAACGACGACAAGGGAUCGGCGAGAGAAUGCGCUCGUUACCACGAGUACAUAUACGAAUUCGCAGCGGAAGUGAACAAAAUCUUUCAAGGAGUAUUGUGCUUUCAGUUCCUGGCGAGUGUAGGGAUGAUCUGUUUCAAUCUUUACCGAAUCACGCAAACCGAGCUGGGCCCGAGAGUGUACGAAACGUGUCUGUACACGGUUAUCACACUGUUACAACUCUUUUACUACAGUUGGUACGGGAAUGAAGUCAGACUGAAGAGUCUCGAACUUCCGGAAAUGAUCAUCCGGAGCAACUGGACGAACUUGGACAACGAGACGAGGAAGAUUCUACUGGUUAUCAUGCUACGGGCCACUCUCCCCAUCGAGUUUACGAGUGCUCACGUUCUAUCGGUCAACGUGGAAACUUUUAUGACGGUACUGAAAACAUCUUAUUCCGCGUACAACGUGAUGCAAAGACCGGUCACAUGGACGUCCACGUCCAAGAAGUUGUUGUAUAAGGUGUAUACGGUUCUAGUGUUGAUUAUCCUAGAAUCGUUGUUGCUGACGUUAAUUCUGGACAUGGUAUUCAACGUCGAGAAUCAGGAUGACUUUAGCGACAACUUGUACGCGCUGAUGCCCGUCAUCACUUCUUCCUGCAAGCUGUGCAGUUUCUUAGCGAAUCGUGAGAGGAUUAUGGGAUUGAUAAGCAAGGUAAAGAGAAAGCCUCAUUUGCCAACCAGUGAGGCGGAGAUGAGGAUUCAGAUAAGAAUCGAUGAAAUGAACGAGAAGCUGGCAACAGUGUUCACGAGCGUGUUCGGCAGCUGCGUACUAAUCAUAUGGAUCACCUCGCUGAUCAGAGACACGAGGAACAGAGUGUUAGCGUUCCGCGCCUGGGUACCGUACAACUAUUCGUCUCCGACUCUGUACACGGUUACCUACACUCAUCAGGCGCUAAGCGUAACAGUCUCCUCGCUGAUGAACAUCGCGUACGAUACUCUGUUCAGCGGACUGAUGUUCUCCAUAUACAGUCAACUGGAGAUCCUCGGGCAUCGUCUACGAAAUAUCAGGAGCGAUCAGAGGGGAACGGCGAGAGACUUUGUGGCGAAGAUGAACGAACGUUUCGAAUUAGUGUUGUGCGUUCAGUUCCUGACCAGCGCGUUGAGCAUGUGCUUCGUGCUUUACCAAUUCACGCAGAGCGAUGGAAACGCGAGACUGGCCGAGAUGUUCAUGUACGCGGUUUGCAUGCUAGUAGAGAUAUUCUACUAUUGUUGGUACGGAAACGAAGUCAGGCUAAAGAGCCUCGAAAUUCCAGACGUGAUUUACGCCAGCGACUGGUUAAAUUUAGACGAAAAAACAAAGAAGACUCUCCUAAUGAUCAUGAUACGUUCUAGAAUCCCUAUGCAGUUCACCAGCGCCCACGUCGUUUCGAUGAACAUAGACACUUUCAUGACAGUACUUAAGACUUCUUACUCGGCGUACAAUGUGCUUCAGCAAAGGUAA